GUAGUAAGAAGUUAAGUUGGUUAUCUCUAAUGAGUUUUCUUUUUGGGGCGCACAUCUACUGUGUUCGGCACUCAGAGUAACUAGCGAUUUAUUCAAACUAGAAGGUUAAAUCAUGGACGCUAAAACAAGCACUACCCUCAUCCCGACGACCCUCUUGGACGGCGUCCGCAGCUCCCUCCGCCGCCUCCUCUUCCAGGUCCUCUCCGUCGGCCCGAUGCCCCACCACGUAUCCUUCUACGGCUUCAGUAUCGACAACUUCAAACGCCGGCCCACCGAAGUCCAAAUCCUCAUGGGCCUCAUCCGCGACAAAGCCGAGGCGAUGAGCCACAAUAGUGGCAUCGUCGACGAGCUCGGCGUCCGUGUCGAGUUCCUAGGGAAGUUGGACACGCUGGAUGAGCCAACAAGGGAAGCGAUACAGGGAGUCAUGGAUGCAACGGCGAAGAAUACAAAGAUGGUGCUGUUGAUUUGUUUGGCGUAUACUUCGACAGAUGAGAUCGUUCACGGAGUUAAGGGGGCGGUGACUGAGAAAAUUGAUGGCGAUGCAUCGAUAUCGGUGGAGGAUUUGGAGAAGAACAUGUAUUACGCAGGGUGUCCGGAUCCGGAUAUUUUGGUGAGGACUUCAGGAGAGACUCGGCUGAGCAAUUUCCUUUUAUGGCAGACGACGCAUUGUUUGUUGUAUUGCCCGCGGUGUCUUUGGCCGGAGAUAUCGUUGAGGCAUUUGGUUUGGGGUGUUGUGCAGUAUCAGAGGAAUUACCAGUACUUGGAGAAGAUUAAGAAGAAAAUGUGAAAGCUAGCUCAACUGUGUACCGUGGCAUAUGUGGAAUUUAACAACUAGUCCAUGA